AUGCCUGUCACCGUCCCUGUGACAGGCGAAGAAGUGGCUGCCAAGAAGCUGGGUUGGCGUAAUCUCGAGUUGGCAACACGAGCACUACAUCGCGAUGGUCUUGUCGUAUUGCAGGACACCAUUGCACACUCCAGGCUCGACGCUUUGAAUAAGACCAUGGUCCAGGAUGCACUCAAGCUCCAAGCCCAAGGGGACGCUGGACCAUUCAAUUACAACAAAGGAAAUACACAGCAAGACCCACCAAUGAUCAAGUCCCAGUUCGACCCAUCCAUCUUCCUCAACCCUUUGGCUACACAAGUCACCACUUCCGUACUUGGCCCAAAACCACGUUUGACGUUUAUGUCAGGCAACAGCGCACUCCCUCCUGCGCCUGGAGUUGAACCACAAUCUCAACCGGUUCACACAGAUGCUGACUUUGACCAUCCCGAGUCACCAUUCGCUCUCGUUGUCAAUGUACCCCUUAUCGACAUGGACAUUCACAAUGGCAGUACAGAGGUCUGGCUCGGCACCCACAACACCACUUCCCUAGCUGCUCAGGAAGGCAAGCAAGGUGAUAGAGCUAGUGGUCGCAUCGCGAAGGACUUGCUCAAGGAGCGAAGACAACAGCGACCGCCAUCACAGCCACUAGUACGCAAAGGCUCGAUUGUGAUAAGAGAUCUCAGGUUAUGGCAUGCUGGAAAGCCCAACUUCAGCAGCGACAUCAGAGUUAUGCUAGCGAUGAUACAUUUUGCGCCUUGGUAUCGAAACGCGAUGAAGGUUAAGUUCUCGGAGGAUCUGGAAGCUGUGCUUGAUCGUGAUGGAAGCGGCUUGCAAAUCCAGAAGACUUUGGUAUCUGAGCAGACGAUCUUGGAUGAGUAUCUCAAUCGCGGAUAUGGUAAUUCGUAUAACUUUGAUCAGGAGUCACGUCUUGAGAAUUUCUGA